AUGUUUACAGACACCACCAACUCACGACUUGCCACGUCAAAAAGCUAUCAACGGGAUUAUAGAGAACUUGAUCCAAACAAACCAGGCAAACUCGAUCCCGAUCAAGUUCGAGUCAAUAUCUUCAAGAAUGUGUCCAAUGUUGAGAUUUCAAGGAAGGAACAUCACUCUAAAGAAAGGAAAAGGAAAAAGAUCAAUUAUUGUUAUAGUGACACCGAAGAUAACAUGACGGACUCUUCCGAUGACCAAAAAGAAAAUAAUAAAGUUAUAUCGAAAAAAUAUGAGUCACAUCAUAUGAAUCAAGAUGUUAAUGGACAAGUAAUCUCUUCAAAUCUACAACUUGAAAAUGUCAAUGUUAAAAUCGAAUUAAAAGAAAUCGACCAUCCGCCUCACCUUAACGAAAAAAAUACUAGUGAAGAGUUAAGAUGUGCAGUAUCGGAUUUUAAUAAAACGUUUAAUGAACAGAAUUAUUUGAUAACCCCGACAACUCACAUAAAUGACAACCAAUUCAAUUGUGACGAACCUGGAUGUGGAAAACGAUUCUCAAUUUCCUCAUAUUUAAAAAUACAUCAAAACUUACAACAUCAUAUGAGUCAAAUGGGAACGAUUGAUUACGUCGAGAAGGUUAAAGAACAACAGCCAAUUGAUGAUGUCAAGGUAAUAAAGUGUACGCUGUCCGGAUGUAAUAAAACUUUCAAGGAUCAAAAAAAUCUGAAGAGACAUUUGGAACUUCAUAAAGGUGAAAAACCUUUCAUUUGUGACGAACCUGGAUGUGGAAAACGAUUCGCUUUACGAGAUUAUGUAAAAACUCAUCAAAAACGACAACAUGAAAUGAAACGCCGUCAAAAUGAAUCAAAUAAACAUCAUCAGCAAUCUAAAAAAGACAAUAAAGAAGUAAAGUGCCCAAAUCCCGGUUGCGACCAAAUAUUAUCUAAAAGGUUCUUAGAUAAACACCUGAAAAUUCAUGAGAGUGAAAUGCCUUAUGUCUGUAAUAAGCCUGGAUGUGGAAAACGAUUUACAAUUCCAGAUUACUUAAAGAUCCAUCAAAAAAUUCAUAAUAAUUUGAUCUACGCAUCAAAUCUUGCAAAUUAUCCUACCGAGGAGGUUCACAUCGUCAUCGAAGAUAGAGGCCAAAAAGACGACUUUGUGUUGAUGGCGAUAAGAUGUACGGUCCCCGGUUGCAAUAGAAAAUUCCAAAAGGAAAAAUCAUUGAAAAAACAUUUAAAGAUCCAUAACGAUGAAAAGAGAUUUUCCGAAGGACUACAUAUGAUUACAAAAGAUGUCCCGCUUAUCAGUUUGAUUGGAGCAUCGCAUGUAUAA